AUGGCACGUCAUUCAUCGGACGAUACUUCCAGCGAGGCGGCACUUGGGCCACGGAAGCUGGUUCCUGUCGAUACUGAGCUUGAAAAGCUCCUGUACCAGCCAAUUGCUCUGGAAUGUGCCAUCAAGGAGGCCUUUCCAGACUCUCGAUCCCGUCCGGAUGAGUCGGCCCCGGUUGGACACGACCCCUUGGUGGCGGGACCUCAGGCGUUCAAGUGUUUUGUCUACAAACUAGCUCAAGUCUGCGACAGUGAGCGUGGAGGCAACACAAUCACCGCUAUCGCCGUCCUCGAGGGGUGUGGUCAACCAGAGUACGUGAUCGCGUCCAACCAGAGGAGGCAGUACCAACUGGAUGACGUAUCGAGCUUUCUCCGAGGCCUCCUGGAGUCCGUUGCGCAGAAGGCUGAAGAAAAGCUGAAGCGUCAAACCCUGCAGAAACAGGUGCUUUGGGACAUCUUGCGCUUCAAUAUGUCCAGGGUCAAGCCCUACCUCAGCAACCUGUCCAAGUACCUGCAAGAGUGCAUCGCCCAUUGCUCCAGACAACAGGACACCGAUAAGAUUCUUCAAAAGGAACUGGAGGCGCUCUUGUCCAGAGCCAGCUUUGUCACAGACACUGCAACUUCGCCAAGCACUCAGCCCAAAUUUCUAUCGGACUGCGAGACCCUCAUCAAGGCCAUAGUAGCCCUGAGAGGUGGCAAAGUUGAAGAGGCCAUCGUUAGCAAAGCGAGAGAGGGAGAGUUCUCGAGCUCAGAGCCCUGGUGCGAGCUGCGACACUAUCUUGGUCGCCUCCACUCCUAUCGUCAAGCUGCAGAGGUGAUUAUUCUCUCUCUAGAGCGCUGGCCGUUAUUGUUCUCCAACUUCAAAAUCACGACUGUCCCGUCUGUAAAACAGCGGGGCCGGCCUCUGAAACCUUCUGAUAAGCACACGGCCUGUGAGAUUAUUCAGGGGAUGACUGCUGGCAGGUUCGAUGCCGAGCAGUAUCUAUCCCAGGCGGCCGAGCUCGAGCAAGUGGCUGGUCUCGAUAGCCUGGUCCAAGAACAAGUACAGAAGAUGUGCCGACCUAUGGUCCACGCUGAGGUUCUCCUCCACGACUACCUCCUCAACCGUGGUGUUCAGCACCAACGAGACUACUACAACGGGUGGAAGUACAUCGGCACGAGUAAGCCCCCCUGCCGCCUCUGUUCGUACUAUUUCCAGUACCACACAGACGAGGUGGAAGUUCGGAACUCGCACCGGAACCUGUACCCGCGGUGGCGCCUGCCCGACGUGUACGAGGACCAGGGCCAGGAGGCUGUGGAUGGCAGACUGGAGCUGCUGGAGGAGAUCACGGCGAGCGCGCAGGAAGACGCAAAGAGGACUCUCAAGGAGCGCAAGGCGCCACGCAAGGGCCACGAUUCAAACACCUACUCGAGCAUGCCGAGGUCUCUCAAGCAUGCGGAGGUCGAGUCCGACUUUGGGAGCGAUACUGCAUCGGAGCCAGCUCGUAAUGAUCACACCCCGGAGAUCGAAUCUCCGUCGACGGCAAGCGGCGAUGAAGAUGACGAUGACGAUGACGAUGACCAGUUGUACAUCUCGCUCGGGGAGGAGACGGACACUGAUGAAGGCGGCUCAUGCGUGUAG